GUAAUGUAAUGUAAUGUAAUGUAAUGUAAUGUUAUGUAUGUAUGUAUGUAUGUAUGCACUUGGUAGUGGAUUAAUGAAAUAGAUGUAGGAUCUUAAUUUGAGCCAGUUUGCAACAGCAGAGAAAUUAUCCUGCAGCAACAGGACAUUUGAAUUAAUGGACAUUUCUUUGUAGAGGUUGAUAUUUUUUUUGUCAGGGCAAAUCAAUUCUGAAAUGUCAAAGUGGAAUUACAAACUUUAGAAGCCUUUUUAAAAAUAUGCUAUGCUAUUUUGCAUUUUCCGCUGUGCAGGAAAAUUCUCAGUAAUUAAAUGUUGAUCAAAUUAAGAUCCUACAUUUGUAUGUGCCAUUAGGAGACAUUUACCACAGUUAGAUUAACUGCUCUAGGUAUACUGUAUAUCCCCACACCCUCCUUCCUACCAUCAUGAUUAUUGCUCUUAUCAUAAACGGAAUGAUGCAGGCCAUUCAAUUAUGUUAGAUUCAUUAUAUUACCUCAAUCAGAUUGCAUUCAAUCUCUAACGGAGGUAUUUAGUGCAGUGAAACUAUGUGAAUAGUGGGAGUAGAGGGUCAACUAUGUCUUGUUUAUGAUCAGCAAUACAAAAGGAUAGAAGGAAGUGAAUGGGAGUCAGUGGCUGGUAUCAGUGGUGUUUUUCUCUGUGCUCUGCCUCCCUGUAGAUUAGAUGCUGUUGUAUUGCUCUGGCAUUGAUUAGAUUAGACAGGCUAUGGAGGCCACAGAAUCCUGGCCACAAACACACACACCUAAUGAUAUCGUCACCACCUUGUCAAACUUGCCAAUAUAUCUCACAAACAGAGAAUAUCUAUCUCUCCCCUAUCUCUCCAACUCUGUGAUAAGUGAGGGAAAUAAGGACAGAUAAAAGAAAGAGAUAAGUAAUGUGCAACUAGGUGAGAUGCCUUCGUCAAGGCCCACCCACUUUUGUUGUAGGUGACCAAUCAAAUGGCAGGUACCUUAGGUUACCUUCUGCACUCCGAAAGGUGGAAGAACUGUGUGACAGAAGAAGAAGAAGGUGAAGAAGAAGAAGAAGGUUAAGGUGAAGAAGAAGGUGAAGAAGAAGGUUAAGAAGAGGAAGAAGGUGAAGAAGGUUAAGAAGAAGAAGAAGGUGAAGAAGAAGAAAGAAAUAGACAGAAAGUGAUAGCGAAAGAAAUUGGAACAAAAAACAGACAGAGAAAGACGGGCAGAGAAAAAGAGAGAGGGAGAAGAGCCAGUAAAAGGAUAGAGAGUGAGAGAGAGACUGACAGAGGGAAAGAGAGAGAGGGAGAAGAGCCAGUAAAAGGAUAGAGAGUGAGAGAGAGACUGACUGAGGGAAAGAGGGAGAGGAGCCAGUAAAAGGAUAGAGAGAGUGAGAGAGAGAGACUGACUGAGGGAAAGAAAGCGAGGGAUGAAGUAUCCGUCUGUGUCAGUGAGUAACUCUCUGUUGGACAUGGAUGUAGCCAACUACAGUGAGGGACUGGACCCAACGUACAGCACCCUGGGCUUCGAUCAUGCUGACGUCCUCUAUGGUGGGGGAGACAGUAUGCCAGCGGAGCCGGGCCUGUCCCAGGCAGAUGUUGGGAACUCUAACUGUGCCAUAUGUGGAGACAAGGCUACAGGGAAACACUAUGGAGCUUCCAGCUGUGAUGGAUGUAAAGGCUUCUUCAGGCGCUCCAUACGCAAGAACCACAUCUACUCCUGCAGGUUUAACCGUCAGUGUGUGGUGGACAAGGACAAGAGGAACCAGUGUCGGUUCUGCAGGCUCCACAAGUGUUUCAGAGCUGGCAUGAAGAAAGAAGCGGUUCAGAAUGAGAGAGAUCGAAUCAGCUCCAGAAGAAACAUUCAGGACAAUCAGGAUCUCCCACCUAUCACUGUUCUGGCCCAGGCAGAGUCACUGUCUCAACAGAUCAGUGUAUCCAGUCCCAGGGGUGCAGUAGAUGUGUCGGAACAGAAGUCAGCUGGUGUGGGUGAUGUCUGUGACUCCAUGAGACAACAGCUGCUAGUGCUGGUGGAAUGGGCCAAAUACAUCCCUGCCUUUGGUGAGCUGCCCUUGGAUGACCAGGUGAGUCUGCUCAGGGCUCAUGCAGGGGAACACCUUCUACUAGGGGUCGCCAAGAGGUCAAUGCCUUACAAGGACUUCCUGCUUCUUGGUAAUGGGUGUGUGAUCCAUGGUAGCAGUGCGGAGCCGGACAUCGGUCGUGUAGCUAACCGUGUUCUAGAUGAGCUGGUUCUGGCCUUCCAGGACAUCCAGAUAGAUGACCAUGAGUAUGCUGCUCUCAAGGCCAUUGUCUUCUUUGACCCCGAUGCCAAGUCUCUGCGUGACCCGUCUAAGAUCAAGGCGAUGCGUCUGCAGGUCCAGAUGAGUCUAGAGGACUAUAUUAACGACCGCCAGUAUGACUCCAGAGGGAGGUUUGGAGAGCUGCUGCUACUGCUGCCUACUCUACAGUCCAUCACCUGGCAGAUGAUAGAACAACUGCAGUUUGUUAAACUCUGUGGCUUGGCCAAGAUAGACAACCUUCUGCAAGAGAUGCUGCUGGGAGGUCUGUCGGCAGAGCCCGCCCACCUGCACCACCCAGGCCACACCCAGUUAGCCCAGGACCCUCUGACUGGACACACACUGGUCAUCAGCACUAUGCCUGCUACACACACUACUCAGAUAGACACUCCUAUCCCGUCUCUGCCUCAGGUUGCAGAGAAGUCCUCUCCUAGCCCCUCCCCCCUCCUGGCUCCACCCCUCCCACACAGACAUACCGCCGAAUCCCCACUCUGAGUGUACAGCACCCGCCCCCACCACCGAAUAACCAAACAAACGAAACAUACUGUUUGUCCACCAUGAAUGCAGCCAAAGAAAUAGCAGAAAGCCUUUUCUAUGGUCCAAAUGUGAAUUGGAGAUCUACACCUGCAGUAAAUGAACACACUUGAAUGUGGAUCUCAAGUUUGCAUUCUGCCCUAUGUUUGUAAAUGUGUCAAAUGUUCAAUGUUCCCUCAACUAUUCAGUGCCAUAGGUUUUCACUCCAAUUCGGUAGUCUUUAUAGUUCGGUAGCAUCUUUAUAAAUCAUUAGAUUAUUCCUAAAGUCGGAGCCUCUCUUAUCGUGGUGUAAUUGUGAGUGUAUUUUAGCUUUCUGUAGGCUCAUCGUUGAAUAUGGAGCAGGAGAUUUGCUAAUCAGCAUGUACUUUAUAUACAGUAUGUGUUACUUAAAGUGCACUUAUUAGUAGUGGACUGUGUCUGGAACACAUGAUUGUCUGUUAAUAUUAAUGUUCACGUAUUGCCAUGUUGCUUGUGGUGUGGUGCUUUACAAAUACACAAACUGGAGUAUACUGUAUUUGUCAAUAAUAUAAUUAACCGUACAUUUAGUUCCUAAUCAACUUUUCAGUGUCUUUCUGUCUUUUGAGAUUACUGUUAUAUGAAAUGAUAUGAAAAUGUUCAAAUUUUGUGUAAAUUCAAUUGUUUGUAUGUCAGAACUAUUAUAUUGACCUUCUAAACUGUCAAAUAAUGUAUACAAAUUAGACAAUGUAAGCUAUAUUUUGUAACUGUAUAUUCUGAUAAAAACAGAACAUUAUUUUCAAUGAAUUGUAACCUAAGCUA